CAAACAAACGUUCCUUACAAGCAAUCAUGAGUCAAUACGUGCAUGUACCAAAAUCAGAACUCGACGAAGCUCAGCUGCGCCAGCUGGAGGAGCACGAAAUCAGCCAGGGGCCCCUUUCAGUUCUGCAACAGGCAGUCCGCAACCACGCCCAAGUCCUCAUUUCUUUGCGGAAUAACAAGAAGCUUCUCGCUCGUGUAAAGGCCUUUGAUCGCCACAGUAAUAUGGUACUUGAAAACGUCAAAGAGAUGUGGACCGAAGUCCCAAAGGGUAAGAACAAGAAGCCAGUCAACAAGGAUCGGUUUAUCAGUAAAAUGUUCUUGCGUGGAGACUCGGUAAUUCUUAUUCUGCGCAAUCAAGCUUAGAUCGACAUCCAACAAUCUGCAAGGGCCGAGGGUACUCUACGGCCCAUCUCGUCCCUUUUGCAGCUCUACUCCAUGUAUACCGCGGAACAUGGCACCGAUAUGAUUGUUGCAUGUCCUUUAAGCAUUACAUUGACGUAAUUUGGGUAUCCCUGUUGUUUGUAUGGUUCGCUUCACUUAAAAAUACACUCCUUGCAGCGCUUUGAGCGUAUCGGAACCGCGCUCAGGGCAAUCUAACUGAAGCUGAAGCUUGUUACCCCGAGCAUCUCUUUUUUUCAAUUAU